GGAGUGGAGUGUUGCUGAUGUGGUUUCGCUUCAUCCGGACUACUGACUGUGCACCUUUAGCAAGGAUUUUCCUGGACCAGGAGAUUGACGGACAGGCGCUGCUGCUGCUGAACCUUCCAACGGUGCAGGAGUGCAUGGAGCUGAAGUUGGGACCAGCCAUAAAGCUGUGCCACCACAUUGAGAGAGUCAAACUGGCUUUUUAUCAGCAGUUUGCUACGUAGUUAACGAGGAAGGCCAAUGGGACCUGAUGCAUCCUGUUCUGCAUCUUCACCCUGAAAAAACGUGGAAGAUGCCUUUUACUGAUCUGUUUUUGUAACGUUGGGCUUUCUUUAGAAUCCAUUCAGACUGAUGAAGCAACAUUUCCUGAUCGUUUUGGGGACUAAAGAGCAAUGCAGUAGUCGAAAACAUUACGUGUGUGAUGGAACAGAGGAAGGGCGGGGGACACUUUGAUGUUUAAAUUAAUCAAACUAUAAUAUAAAACAAGCAAAAAUAAAACAGCUAUGAAAGAUCAGAUUUUAAGUUCAACAGGUUUGAAAUAAAUUGAAAUAACAUUUUUUUUAUAACUCUACCUUCUACCCUCUGAAUUGUUCAGUCUCCUAACAUUUCUUGUCCUUCUAGAGCAAACAAACAUCACUGCUACCAUGGCAGACAAAAGCUUUCGCCUUUCAUUUUAAGAUGGAUGGAAUUGCAACUGUUUUUUUCUAAUCUAGUCAACCUUUACUAUUUAUCUACUGAUUUCAUUAAUGAGUGCAUCUUUGAUUGUGGUUACUUCUGAAAUAACCAGCAGUUCUCUAGAAAAGGAACACACUGGAAGCUGUUUUGCUGCAUUCCUUGCUGCUAUUGUCAGAAAUGUGUUUUGAAUAAUUGGUUGAUCAAACUUGGGCCUUGUUUGCUGAGAAAGAACAGCUUAAAGAUGAGUUAAAGAAGAAAAUACACAUUUGUAAUAAUGUAUUUGCUUGUAAACAUAAUACAUUUUCUGAUCUCCUGUGAAAUUGUUAAAUUAGUUUUUUUUUUCUUUUUAAAGAGACCAAAUUGUUUUUUUAUUUUUUUUAUAUGUAAGAGUAGUUUACAGUAUGGAUUUUGUAAUGUAAGCACAAGCAAAAGCGUGCUACAUGGUGUUUAACCACAGUGCAUGUGUGUGUACAUAGUGUACAUAAUCAAAUCUUAGCGCAACAGGGUGAUUAGAAAGAAAAAUAUACUGUCUGCCAAAGAAAUUUGUAAAUUUUCAAAAUUAUACUGAAUAUUUGCACAAAAUAAGCUAAAACUUUCUUACAAGAGGAGUAAAAAAAUGUAAUUUGAAUGAUAUCAGCUAAGUAGUUUUAAUAAUUUGAGUUUUUAAAUAAUGCUUUUGUAAUUUCUUUGCCAUUUCAUGUAGUGUGAUUUAAUGUAUACUGUUUGGUUUUUGUGUGAUUAAAAACAGCUGUUUACUGA